UUCCAGCCCGUCCGCGAGAUGAAAGGCCGAGAUGAAAAUAACAGUGGUAUUUGGCCAUGCAUGCGGUACGGGCCCACGAAUCUAUUUAAAAACGAAAACGAAAAACCAAGACGAAAGAGGAGUAGGAGGUAGGACGAGCGAAAACGAUCCGGUGAAAAGACUGAUAUCGAUGGGGCCAUGCUUUCCCUGCACGAAGCAAGAAUCGACGAACGUGUCCAAUCGUCACUAGUGCUUAUACGAGGUUGGACCAAUGGUCGGCAAGUAGCACGAGGCUAUCAACUGGCCGAAUGUAACAAGCACCUCCAACCAAGUUACUUGGUAAAGCCUUCGAGUUGCAGCUAUCACAUCCUUGAGCAUUGUCAACUAACUUCUCCUGCAGUCGUUAGCAAACUUCGAUACGUCAUCGACUGGGCUGGCCAGCAUGUAUACCUUCAUCACACGAAUCUGUGUGGUCUGCGCACUCUUUGCUGUGGCCUUCGCCGAGAUACCAUCAUACAUAAAAGUAUGUAAUCGAAAUGAUCCAGAGAUAAAUAAAUGUGUAUUAAAUUCAAUUGAACAAUUACGGAGUAAAUUGGCGACUGGAAUUCCGGAAUUAGAGGUUCCGGCAAUCGAGCCGCUUGUAUUGAAACAGGUGCAAUUAUCAAGAGGUCCUCAAGCUGCGAGGCUUGACUUCAACCUCACAAAUAUAGAGAUAUUUGGACCGUCUACAUUUAAAAUCCGAGACUUUAAAAUCGACCCCGAGAAUGUGUUCCUCACUUUCAAGGUUGGUUUCGAUAAGAUUAACUUCCGAGGAAAAUAUAAUAUAAACGCACAAAUUCUUUUGCUCAAACUAGUUGGAGAGGGAGGCGUUACAGGAUCUUUUUUUGAUUACGAGUGCGACUGCAUCUUGAGGUCACAUAAAAUCAUUAAAAAUAACAGCACCUAUGUACAAUUUGAAAAGAUGAAAUUUAAUAUCAAAAUUGACAAAGCAGUACUGAAUUUGGAUAAUCUAUUUGGUGGCGAUCCUAUUCUUGGACCAGCGAGCAAUAAGGUUUUGAACGCAAACAACGGUUUGUUGUUAGAUGAAUUAAAACCGAUAUUGGAAGAAGCCUUGUCAGAUCUUUUCACAAACAUCGCGAACAAAAUCACUGGAAAGUUUACAUACGACGAUUUGUUUCCGAAUAAGUAAUUUUUAUUUUGGAAAAUCCAUUUUUUAUAGAUCAAUUAGAUUAGAUAUAAUAUAUAUAUUUCCUUUGUUCUGAAAUCACGGGAAUUUUCAACCUUAUUCAAUAAUACAUCUGCUGUAAUAUUUCUGUAAAUCUCUUUUAUAGCUGGUACAUUUAAAUAGUAUAACUAGUAUAAUACAUAAACACAGAUUUCAUUGAACAUUUUAGUAUUAACGUUGCUGAAAUUAUGAUAAUUUUUUAAGGUAAUUUUUUGUGAUUUAUUUUCUUUUAGAAAAAUAUUUAAUAAUUGUUAAGGUAACUUUUUGUGAUUUAUUUUUCUUUGUUAUUUUUUUUAGAGAAAUUAUACACUAAUAUCUUUUUAAGAUAGAUGGUCUCUUAUUUUUGUACCUUAAUCUGAAGUGCAACUCAUGUUCAAUCAAUCAUUAGCAAAUAAUGCAUUAGCAAUUAACGUGUUAAGAAAACUGUAAUAAAGCACUAUACAAUUCAUAGCCCAUUAAACUUCAAAUGAUAUUAAUAGAUAUAUCAUUAGAUAUAUAUAAGUUGAUUUUGACUAAUUCAAUGCCAGAACUGAUUUAAAAUAUUGGUAAAACUUGUUUAUUAGAUUGCGUUGCGUUAGGCAUUGAAUGUGAUUAUGUUACAUUUUGUUAGUAUUUAACAUACAGAGAAAGUAUUGGAAUCUCCAAAUAUUUUGGCAACAAAGCACAGCUUUUUUUCAAAAGAAUGCUUCAAAUAGAAAUGUUAUAGCUUUAGCAGAAAAAUAUAUUGCAAAAUAAAUAUACAUAAUAUACAUUUUUUAUAAGAUAAUUGACAUUAUAUUUUUUCUUACAUAUAUUUCAUAAAUGCAUUAUAUUCUUUUGCUAACCUUACAAUACUUUUAUUUUAAAGAUUUCUUGUAAAAAGUUUUUGUUGUCAACAUACUUGAUAUACUUUCUUUCGACACUUUUUUCGCAUUCUGUAUAUGAUAAUUAAUAUUUUGAAAUAUUAAAAAAAAUUACACCAAAAAAUGUUUUAUUUAUAUAAAAAUAUUAAAAAUGCUCUUUAAUUUAUGUUGAGUAAGAAAUAGUGCGAUAAGCUGCAAAAUUGUAAUACAAAAGAAUAUACAUUUAUGGUUUUAAUU